ACCGUCAAAUGGUCUGGUCACAUGGCCUGUGAUGUCACCGGCUAACAUUUACGGAAGGGGAACUAGACACUUGCGGGGAGGACGGGUGACGCAGUUCCGGGGCAGGAGAGCGCCGCACACACGUGGUGGGGGUGCCCUGUAUCCGGGUGUAACGCGCGUGGAGAGUCUCCCCGGUGACCCGCCAUGAAGAUCACCCGGCAGAAGCACGUGAAGAAGCACCUGAGCUUCUACCGGAACAACUUCCGCUUCCGGGAGCCGUACCAGGUGCUGCUGGACGGGACCUUCUGCCAGGCGGCGCUGAAGAACAAGAUCCAGAUCAAGGAGCAGCUGCCCAAGUACUUCACGGGGGACGUGCAGCUCUGCACCAGCAACUGUGUCCUGAAGGAGCUGCAGUCUCUGGGGAAAGAGCUGUUUGGAGCCAAAUUAAUCGCCCAAAGAUUUCAAGUGCGGCACUGCGCUCAUUUCAAGAGUCCUGUCAGUGGCUCGGCGUGUCUGUUAUCCAUGGUCGCCGAGGGCAACGCUCACCAUUAUUUCAUCGCCACCCAGGAUCAAGAACUGGCCAGCAAGGUAAAGAAGCAAGCCGGAGUGCCCCUGUUGUUUAUCAUUCAGAACACGAUCGUGCUGGACAAGCCUUCUCCCACAUCCCUGGCCCAUGUCCAGGCUGUGCAGGCCGGCCAGCUCGUUCCCGAGCAUCAGAAACAGAACCUCCAGCAGCUAAAGGAUGAGCAGGGGGUGUCGCAGAUUCCGGAGCGCAGGGGACGGAAGCGGAGAGGCGUCCGUGGUCCCAACCCUCUAAGCUGCAUGAAGAAGAAGAGGAAGAAUGCGCCGCAGGCGGCGUCUGCAGCCCCCGAUCAGAAGAAGAGAAAGAGGAAAAGAAACAGAGGGAAGUCCUUAGUACAGGACACGCAGAGAACUAUGUAAUAGAACAGCCCAAGAACUGUGUGAAUAUUUCAUGUUUUUAUAUUAAAAACAAUUAUUUUGCUUGUUCUUAUAUUUCAGUAAAACGAGAGUUUGUAAUAAAAAAAA